AGGUACAGAUCAAAUCAGUGUCGCGACCGCAUUGACGCCUGUGGGGGUGGAACGCACUGCUCCCGCACGUUCAUUGGCUCCCCCCUAAUAAUCAAGAUAGUGCAUCGCAGUGCGCACGCGAGCACACAGCAAAAAAGAAACCCCUCUACACCAAUGUGAACAUCUCGCAAAUUACGUCACCCCAAAAAAGCAUGCGUGCAGAAAGCGACGACGUGCUGCACAGGAAGCUGAACGUCUCCGCUGUCUGGUCGGCGGACCUUUCGCCUAUCCGCUCCCACGCUUCACACCAAACGGCACAGCGUAGAGCCGGGUUUCCAGGAGUACGCAACUCCCCCUUUUCUCACAUAGCGAAUGACCAUUUCAACGGCGUAGAUGAAGGAUGUCCACCGCAGCCUCAGAGAUCCAAGACGGCGCUUCCUUCUGGUUCUCUUUUCCCGCAUCUUGUUCGUAGUCGCAGCCCGCCCGGCCACCUUCCCACUUCGCCCUCCGCUUCCGCAUCGACAGACGCCAACUCGCGAGGGGACGCUGAAGCUACAGUAUUGCUGCAAGAACAGAGAGCUUGCAGAAGUGCUCGUGUGAACGACACGUUUGCGGACGUCCUUGCUCGCGACUGGCCUUUCGAAUCCCUACCGCGCGACACACUCGACUUCACAGAGGCGGUGCGAUUUGGUCAGGAUUCGGCGUUGAUGCACUACGCAAAUAGCGGCUUCCAGGACGUGUCCUCGCGUCUGGCGCGGGAGGCGGGUGCGGUGGCCAUGGAGGCCGAUCGCUACCGCGCGGCAGCGCAGCACAGCUCCAUGCAAUGCCACGGCGCUGUGCUGGCGUACACGCAUGCGCAAGAGGAGCUUACUGCUGCUGAGCAGCAACUUCAGUCUCUCCUCAACGCCGAGGAGCAAAAACAAAAAGCCGUUGAUGAGGUACAGAAGCAAAAAGAGGCUUUGCAAAGUCCUACUGCUGCCUCCGACCCGUCGAUCGUCGCGCUUACACUCCAGCUAGACCAGGAGCUGGCAACUAUGCGCACACGGAAACACCGCUACGAGUUGCUCUGCACUCAGAAGGCGCAUCUGGAAGCGAAGGUCGAAGACUGGACGGCGAAGGAAAGGAGGCUAGAGGCCAAAUUAGAGCGUGAGCAGGUGCGACGUGGGAGGGAGCUCGAGGAUGCUCUACGUCGAGUCCAUGCCAAACCUUCCUUUCCUGAGGAACAGCUGUUGACGGACCAAGCGUCAAGGUCGAAGGCGAGGCUGCACGACUUUGAUGUGUGUAUUACGGAGCGCCUUGAAUUGCUCCGUCACCUGCAAGACGGGUCCGCCACACGUCUCGAACAACUCACGACAUUGUUAACUCGCACACGGGAGCGCAGUGGAAAUGAUGUCUGCAAUGAACAGAGUACUCGAAAGGAAGUGAAUCAACAAAUGUUAGCAACGUACUCCACCGCGGAGGGCAAGUCCGCAGGUGAGCGUCAGCAGAAUCGAUCUCACGUAGGAAAUGCCGAUGGCGAGACCUCACGGGGCGGCGCGACGAUGAAGCUACUCGAAUACCUUUCCACGAUGCACAAAACCGUUUUGCUUGGUGAGGAGGCGGCGUUGAAAGAAAUGGAGCACGUCCGUGUGUUGCUGCACCGACUGCAACGCCAGGAGAGCAGCCAAAGUGCCAUGGAGAAGACGACCUCCAUCCACUCAUAG